GCUUGAAUAGUGUAAAGACCUUCGGAUCGCGUGGAAGUUAAACCUUUCGGUGGAAAAGUGUCGUGAGUUUUCGUUUCUUAGAAGAACAUUUUAAGUGAUAUUGAACGAUAACUGUAAUCAGAAGAGCUUUAAACACGGGACAUUGAGUUACGCAAUUUAAAUCGGCAACAAAGUGUGGGAAAAUGUUGCUCAAGGCACUAUUUCUCGCAUAUCUAUCGAUACUGGGUCCACCGCCAGCGGUGAAAGCCGUCAAGGAUGCACUAUAUGCAUAUGCACCGGAAUACGCACAUCCUUCAUAUUCCUUCAGCUAUGGUGUCAAAGAUCUGCACAGUGGUGACGUUAAAUCCCAGUGGGAAACUCGUGAUGACGGCAUCGUUAAAGGCCACUACAGUGUGGUAGAACCGGAUGGAUCAAUCCGCGAGGUGGACUACACAGCCGAUUCUAAAACGGGAUUCAAUGCGGUGGUGAAAACUCAUGGCCCUAAUGCGCAUCCCGUCGUUGACGAGCACGAACACUAUCGUUACGAUGAAAAUCAUUCGCAGUCAAAAAUCAAUCACUACAGCAAAAAUCAGGACCAUAUCAUUCUUAGUUCAGAUGUGCCGCAACACGAACAAGAUAUUGCAGAGCUGAGCGAGAAGAAGCGACCAACGCCGGCGUUGCUUGAACUGAAACCUCACGUAAACUUUGCUCAUGAACACAAAGGAUAUCGCCCAUCCUAUGGUGGUGGAAAGGAAGAUUUUUUCUCCAAAGAGUUUGAUUUCACUAAAGACAGCUUCAAACCAACUAUUCGGAUCGAAGAAGUUAAGGCACCUGAUCUAUCAAAGCUAAAACCAGUUUCACCAUUGGUUGAUUUUUCCAAUCUGGGUGAGAAAGAACUGGGUCCAUAUUACAAGAAAGACGUGAUCUAUCAACCAUUCGCCCAAUACAAUAAUCAAGUAGCACAUCCCGUGACAUUACAGAAAGCCAAACUAGGUGGCAUACGCCAAUCGAGUAGUCCUAAGAAAAAUCUUCUGAAGCCGUACACUACACCGGGUCUCAAACAUUUUACGACCCCGAAAGUCUAUCAGUUCAAGGCACGGGGAGGUCCUCCACGACCGGACUAUUCCAGCUAUUUCCAACCUCCAACACCUGUCCGACAGGCACGAACCGGCCCGGUGCUUUUUUCCAGUUCACCAGAUGUGCAGAUGGCUGCGUCACAGAAAAUUAUCCAAUCGAUGAUGAACCAACAACAGCAGAGGAGGGUUCCCGUUUACGCCAGGAAUUACUCCUAAGUGCAUUCCUAAUUAUGUUCCAGUUAUUUUUCCUCUCUAGUGCAAUACGAAUCGAGUUGAUAGUAAUAGGAAACAGCUCUGUCAAAAUAGGUUGUCCAUUGCCUGUGUAAUAGAGCUGUCAUUCUGUUUAGCGUUCAAUCUAUUUAUUAAUCUUCAACUAUAUUCUUAAUGUGAUAAAUUAAGUAAGUAUUCCCUAUAUCUUUAGAAACUGUAUGUAGCCAAAUUGCAUUUGAAUAAUAAAGUUCUACUAACGGUUUACAAAAUAAAUUCUAUAAAAAAUAAAUGAUG